UGGCUGCCACCCACCAUGCCAGUAACCAACUGGUGGCAGUGAAGAUGGUCAGCAAAAAGCUUCUAAUUAAGGACGACCCGGCUUCCGUCCUGAUCGAGAGGAAGGUCCUGGAGAUGGUUGAGUGCAGCAUUUACUGUACUCACCUUUAUGGCGCCUUUCAGACAGACAAUUACUUAUUCUUUGUAAUCGAAUACCUGAGCGGAGGAGAGCUGAGGAAGAUGAUAACCAACAAACAAACAGUUUCCAUCACCAACAUCAGACACAUGGCAGUGGAGCUGCUUUGCGGUUUGCAGUUCCUACAUUCCAAAGGAGUCGUGCACAGGGACCUAAAGCCUGAAAACAUCCUUCUAGAUGAGAAAGGUCACGUGAAUAUCGCAGACUUUGGUCUGGCCGUGACCAACAUGACUGGGAACAAGAAAGAGACGGAACGCGCCGGAACAGACCGUUAUAUGGCACCAGAGGUCCAUGAAUCUGAACCAUAUGACAGAAUGGCAGAUUAUUUCUCUCUGGGAAUAAUUCUCUUUGAAGUGGCCUUCAAAUAUCACCCAUUCUACGUUGGCGAGGACAAAGACAAGGUGAAGAAAUCCAUACUCCAGGAUGAGCCACGUUAUCCAGAAGAGGCCAACCCUAAUCUCCUGGACUUACUGGCAAAGGUAAGUAGUGACAUAGUUCCAGUGGGACAAAGAAAAGUAGACAUUUAGGCCAAGCCAAUGAGUCAGUGUUCUUUGCAGUUUACUCUUCACUUGCAUGAGUACUCUGAGCGCAGUGGAGCCCCAUUCAUCCUAAUUAUUGUAAAAAAAAGAGCUAGGAGGUGGAGGAAACCUGUCACAUGACCUUGAAAUGUCAUGUGACAAUACUCCCCUCCUAUGAACAAGAAUUCUUGGCAGCAUUAUGCAAAGAACACACCGCAGACUCCACAUAGCAAUCAGCAUUUUAUUAAUAG